AUGAACCCUCGACUCGCAUUCGCUCUGGCCUCGCUUUUUGCAGGAGCUCUCUCCGCGCCUCAUGCGGGACAUGAUGGAAACAAGGACCCCAGUAUAGGGGACGCGAAGUUUGAGACCCUGGAGGAUGCGCGAGAGUAUGCCAUAGCGCGCAAUCAACAGCACAGGGACAUGGCGUACUGUGUCGCUGAGUCCCAGACUUGCGAAUGGACCGAGUUCUCCGUCGAGGUCGAGAGUGACGACAAGACCGAUGACAAGAGGAACGAGAAGAAGGACCAGGACCAGGACUACUUCACGGUCAAGACUUCAACGCGCACCGCAAUGUGCAAAGUGGGACAGUGA